AUGAACCCAACCAUGAUAGCACUCCUGGUCGUGCUUCUCGUUCUCGUGGUCGUUGCUGGACUGCUGGUAGCUGGUCUGCUCUUCAUGCGCCAACGCCGCAGAGCUCGUAAGCAAAUGCAAAUUGGCGACUACGAGGAGGAUGAGGAGGAUGAUGAGAAGAGACUCUCGGCCUCGUCCACAUCCUCACAUCGUCGCGUCAAGACCCGACCUUCCGAGUCGAUACACAUCUAUGAAGAGAAGAAGAACCUCAUCGACAACUCGGACAGCCCGCCGCCGUCCCCUCUGCCUCAAAUCACCAUUACUUUCCCCGAGGAGUACGACGAAUCUGGCAAGCGAAAGUCAGGCCGGGUUGUAGUCGUCAGAGUGGGAGAUGCGGGAGUUGCCUUGGAGUCAUCAGAAGCCCUUCCAGCCUACCAACAAGACGAGAAGGAUCGCUUCCAAUCCAUCGACCUACAACGAGUAGGCGGUUUGGUGGAGAAGGCGAGAAAUGGACCAAAUUAUAAGAUCUAG